UCUCCUCUCCUCGCUCUCCGCUCCCACCCCGUGCUCAGUCCGAGGCGGAAGGGGCUCCGCUCGCAUCGGAGCCGCGUCCCACUCUGUUCCUCAGCUCCCCCUCCAGCCAGACAGAGCAGCCAUGGGCGCCCGGCCCCGCCGCCAGCCCCCGCUCGCCGCCCUCUGCCUUCUGCUAACUCUCGGCUCCGCCAACUCAGAUGCCAAUGUAUUUCUGGUGUACAGCGAGAAAACGAGGAGUUGCCUGGAGAGCCGGGGUUCCAGCGUGGCACUGGCCCUGACCUGCAACGAGAGCUCCAGCCACCAGCAGUGGAAAUGGGUCUCCAGGCUGCGUCUCUUUAACCUUGGAUCCGAGCAGUGCCUGAGCACCCAGAGGAAGAACGAGACUACACCCAUCCUGGGCAUGACCGAGUGUGAUCAGGAGUCCGCCCAGAUGCGAUGGCAUUGUAACAGUCUUGGCAAUCAGCUCAACACCAUUCUGAAUCUGCAGCCUGAACCCAGCGCCUCAGGGCCUGAGGACCUGUGGAGGAUACACAACACCAAUGACGACCUGUGCUCUCGACCCUAUCAUGAGAUUUACACCAUCCAGGGGAACUCCCACGGGAAGCCCUGCACCAUCCCGUUCAUGUACGACAGCCAGUGGUUCCACGAUUGCACCACUAUUGGGCGUGAGGAUGGCCACCUCUGGUGCGCGACGACGGUGGACUACGGCAAGGAUGAAAGAUGGGGUUUCUGUCCCAUUAAAAGUGAUGACUGUGAGACCUUCUGGGACAAGGACCCACUGACCAACAGCUGCUACCAGUUCAACUUCCAGUCUACUUUGUCGUGGAGUGAGGCUCGUACCAGCUGCCAGCAACAGAACUCCGACCUCCUCAGCGUCACCGAACUUCACGAGCAGACCUACAUCAAUGGCCUCUUGACUGGCUACAGUGCUACUCUUUGGAUUGGCCUGAAUGAUAUGGACAUCGAUGGUGGCUGGCAGUGGUCUGAUGGGUCCCCACUGAAGUACCUCAACUGGGAGAGUGACCAGCCGGCAAAUUCAUUAGAGGAAAACUGCGGAGUUAUCCGGACAGAAUCUUCCGGAAGGUGGCAGAACAAAGACUGCGGCAUCGCCAGGCCAUACGUCUGUAAGAAGAAGCCAAAACCCACAAAUACCGUGACCACAGAUACCUGUGCCAACCGGACAACCAUGUGUGAAGCAGGCUGGUUGAAAUUUCGAUGCAAUUGUUACCGGCUGAAUAAAGAGAGGAAGAGUUGGCAGGAGUCCCAGAAGAUCUGCAUGAGGUCAGAGGGAAACCUGGUCAGCAUCCACCAUCUGGCGGAGCUGGAAUUCAUCUUGACUCAGGUCAAGCUAGAGGUCGUGGAGCUGUGGAUUGGCCUCAACGACGUCAAACACCAAAUGAACUUCGAGUGGUCAGAUGGAACUCCAGUUCGGUUCACCUACUGGCAUCCUUUUGAGCCCAACAACUUUGCAAGCAGCCAAGAGGACUGCAUUACACUCUGGGGCACGGAUGGUCGCUGGAACGAUGGUCCCUGCAACCUCACACUGCCAGCCAUCUGCAAGAAACCAGGCUACGUCACUACACAGGGAGAGGAAGUGUUGGAGGACAAUCUCGGCUGUUCAAAGGGCUGGAGAUUACAUGGCUCUUCGUGCUAUUUUGUGGGUGAGGAAUCGGUGACUUUUGACGAGGCCUUGAAGAAAUGUACUGAUCAGAGGUCAACUCUGGUGACCAUCCUCAACAGAUUUGAACAGUCAUUUAUCAUCAGCCUCAUCCUCGGUCGCACUGGCAACUUCUGGACAGGUCUGCAGGAUGCCAAUCACCCAGGGGCCUUCCAGUGGAUGGGAGGUGAUGCCGUCUCCUUCACCAACUGGAAUCGAAACCAACCAGGAUAUAAAGGUGGCUGUGUGGUGCUGGCCACAGGAAACUCUGUCGGGUUGUGGGAGGUGAAGGACUGCAACAGUUUCCGGGCCAAGUACAUCUGCAGGCAGAACCUGGCAACUUCUCUCGACCCAGGGGUUGGACCAGUGAUUCCAACGCCGAGUGUUACUGGAAGCUGCCCGCCGGGAUGGGUAUCAUCACCAACACUCCGCUAUUGCUAUAAGGUGUUUCACUUCAACACCAUCUACGUUAAGAAGAACUGGGUGCAGGCACACAUGUUCUGCCACGAGCAGGGAGCACACUUGCUCAGCAUCGGCAGCUUCGAAGAGGAGAAGUUUGCUGAAAAACUGGUCCAUGAAAUAUUUGGGGAGUCAGAGGAUCACGAGUACCAUUGGUUCUGGCUUGGGCUGAACAGACGCAACCCUGGGACAGACCGGAGCUGGACAUGGAGUGACGGAACAGGAUAUUCCUAUAACAACUUUGGGCGGGAUACCUACGAUGAUGACGAUAUUCGUCGCUGUGCGGUCACGGAUAUUGCCUCUUCGCUGUGGCGCGCCGUGCGAUGUGAGAUUCAGCUGGACUGGAUCUGCAAGAUCCGCAAAGGAGCUGUUGUGAAAGAACCAGAGGAUACUGAAGAUACUUCAAGCAACAAGUGGGUGCGCUUCAAGGAUGCCGAGUACAAGUUCUUUGAACAUCGCUCCACCUGGCCCCAGGCCCGUCGGAUCUGCACCUGGUUCCGAGCGGAAUUGGCAUCCAUCCACAACCAACAAGAGCUGGCCUUCCUGGGACAGAAUCUCCAGGAGCUCUCUCGCGUUCAGGACCAGUUUUGGUGGAUUGGCCUUCACACCUACGAGAAUGAUGGACGAUUCAGGUGGUCUGAUGGUUCGCUUCUGAACUUUGUCUCCUGGGCCUCCGGGAGGCCGCGGCCAGUUUCUAGGGACAGGAAAUGUGUUUACAUGUCACCCAGUAAAGGAAUGUGGGGCGAUCAGAGGUGCCUGAAUGAUCUGCAGUAUAUUUGUAAACGGACCAACACGUCGGUAGUGAAGCCUCCUGUCCCUCCUCCGCCAUCUGUACAAUACGGGGGUUGCCCAAGGGGAUGGAUUCCAUUUGUAAAUAAGUGCUUCCAGAUAAAUGGAUACAAUAAAGUGGAUCGUGUUAACUGGGUUGAUGCGAAGGAUGCUUGUGAAAGAGCUGGAGGGCUGCUGGCAACAAUCUCCAAUCACCAUGAGCAAGCCUUUGUAACAACCAUGCUUCCAAACCUCACCUUCGACCUUUGGAUCGGGUUGCAUGACACGAACAAGGACUUCCAGUGGCUGCAGAAGAAACCAUUGAAGUAUGUCAACUGGGCUCCAGGCGAGCCUACAGGCCAGCACAGCUCCCCUGCGCCCAAUGAACUGGUAAACUGUGUGGUGAUCUGGCACGCCCUUCACCCCCAGUUCACAGGGCGCUGGGAUGACAGGAGCUGCAUGACCGAUAAAAACGGCUACAUCUGUCAGAGAAGCAAAGACCCAACUCUACCACCCACGCCCGCCAAGUUCCCACCCCUCCUGACCUCCAAGCUGACCUACUUGAACAGCACCUACCGAGUUAUCCAGAAGCCCCUCACCUGGCAGGAAGCGGCCUGGCUCUGCGAGACUCGGAACGAGACCCUGGUCACCGUGGUGGACCCCUACCACCAGGCCUACCUGACACAGCUGGUGAACAGCGUCCAGCUCCCGCUCUGGAUCGGACUCUCCAACGAAGAGGGAGGCAGGUCCUACUCGUGGCUCGGUGGGGAGCAGUUGUUCUACACCAACUGGCAGGACGGAGAGCCACACCAGGUCUUGGGCUGCGCUCACAUGGACUUGGACGGGACCUGGCAAACGUCCAACUGUGACACCAAGCUGAUGGGAGCCAUCUGCCGUGUGGGUGGAGAUUCAUGGACCACCAAGUCAAACUUCUCUGGAAGUUGCCCAACGAGCCUGGAGGAUUCAUCGUGGAUUCCCUUCCGCGAUCACUGUUAUACCUUCCACUUGGAGAAAAACGCAAGCCCCAAGGAUGCAGCCAAGUUCUGUCAGAGAGAGCAAGGGGCACAGAUGCUGUCCAUUCUUGAUGAGACAGAGAACGUCUUUGUAUGGGAGCAUCUGCAGACGUAUGAAAAUGACACCAAAGGUGCCUGGCUGAGUCUCACGUACAACACAAAGGGUGGUUUAUUCGUCUGGCCUGAUAAGACACCCCUGAACUAUUCAAACUGGCCUCCUGAAUCCGAGAACAUGGAUUUAAUGAGUCCGAACACCUGCCACUGGAUCAAGAGUAACACGGGCAUCUGGGGAAUUGGCCCCUGUACCACCAUCACACUGGGCAUCGUCUGCAAGAUGCCAAGAGUCCAAGAAAGCAGCCUUGAUGUUUCCUCCAGCGUACAAGGCCGCACCUUAGACAUCAUCCUGUACCUGCUGGGUGCGUUGGUGCUGCUGGCGGUGGUGGUGGUCCUGGUGCUGCUGUACCGGCGGCGGGCCGCCACUGGCUCACCGCGCGGAGCUUUCGAGAGCGCACGGUACAGCCGGACAUCCUCGACGCCCAGCGAGUCCGUGGAGAAGAACAUCCUGGUUUCGGACAUGGAAAUGAAUGAACAGCAGGAUUAACGCUGGGCCUCUCUUCAUCCUCGAGCAGUGUUGGAAAGCACAGACUGGUGAUCGGCACAAAAUACACAGAGUCCCAUCACAGUAACACUUGGGAUACAGUUGGCAUUGCUUAAUGGGGACAUGCCUUUGUACGGUACUUAUCCCAGGCACCCAAUAAUUUCCUGUGUGUGCGUGUAUAUUAUAUAUAAAUAUAUAUUUACAUCACACUGGUGAAAUCUGCUUCAUGGGAUAAUCUGGAGAAGGAGGCAAUUUGUAUCUAUUAGGGCACCCCAAUAAACAAGCUUCAACUGUGUUAUUGACCAUGGCGCAAGAGUGUUUCUAUGUAAAAGUGCAUCAUUCAAAGCAUAAAAUUGUCAUGCACUACACGUGAUGAGCCUUCCCUCAGUCUCUGCACGGUAAAAAUGUUGGCUGCUGUGUUAUUCCCAGUCUGCGCUUUUGGCAGAUGAAAAUUGAGGAGUGUGUUUACACUGAGUUUAAGACAGCUGGGCUGAUCAACCUGGUCCUUGAAAUGGUCCCCAGGGGGCAACUGUUCAUCUCCAUGUAACUCCAACCCCCAUGAAGCCUUGGAACUCUGUUGGCACAGUGCAGUACAGAAAAUAAACAGACGUGACAUUGGAAGAGCUUCAGAGAUGGGGAUGUGUGCUCGAUUGAAACAGAGUGGUUUGUAGCUCUUCUGGCCCCAUCAGUUGUUACGCAGGUGACUCACAUUUGAGAUAUGUUAAGGGUUUCACUGGAUGGAGAGAGAAACUAUUCUGAUGGAAAGUCCAGAGUAAGGCAGAAGUAAGUUUCAAUCUCAGUGGUGAUAUCAGGAACCACAGCAGGAAAAAUCUGGAACUCCCUGCCCACAGAAACUUGAGAUCACAGGUCAAUUGAAAUAUCAAAAUUGGGAUUGUAGACCUUUGAUUGGAAAGGUCAUUAAGGGUUGCAGAAUAAAAUGGAUAAAUGGUGUGAGAUUUAAAUUAGGCUUAGCCUAUUCGAAGAGCAGAAGAGGGUUGAAUGCUGAAUGUUCCAAUUCCUAUUGAGUCCGGAAUUGAAAAUGCUAUUUUUAAAAGAUGGUUGAAUAUGAUGGUUCAUGUGGAGGUAGAAGAAAGUAGUCAGAAUAAGAUACAGAGCGUGCCUGAGUUGGUAGAUGUGGAAACAUGUCUCCCAGAUUUCUAGAGUGUUGUCUGUACUGCAAGGUGAGGGGAUAUGGAGGAGUGGUCUGUGAAAGAUGGGCCUGUGUCUAAAGACGUUAUCAGGAGGUCUACUGACUAUUUCUCCACUCAUUAGAUAUUUAUUGUGUCCAUCUGGGUCAAUGAUUGCUCCAUAGAUCACACAGGUAUGGGGUUUUAGGGGAUGUAAAACAGGGGAGAUGGAUUUGUAUUCAGUAUUAGGGGGUAUUUUCAUGAGUUUGUUAACCGAGGCAGGACGAGGAAUCACUGUCCACAAAUGGGAGAAGGAAAUUAGAGAUAUUGAUCUGUCCUUUUCAAACCUUACAUGCUCUGUGUACGCUUCCAUAUCUCUAGUCUCCCUCUCCCGUGGCUCUCGGUCUGAAGAAGGGUCUUGACUCGAAACAUCACCCAUUGCUUCUCUCCAGAGAUGCUGCCUGUCCUGCUGAGUUAGUCCAACAUUUUGUGUCUAUCUUUCGUUUAUAGCUUGGCUGCUCUGCAGUUUAUUGUAAGACUGGCAGGCAGGGACAGAGAGGGGGUAACAAUUGCAAUCAGAUGUGGAAGAUGGAAUGACGACAUCAGAAAUAUAAUAAUCCUGCAACAUGCAAUUGAAAAAGUGAAGGUAGGGACUUGUAUUUGCCCUCAAUACUGUAAGGCAGAAGAUGUGAGGAAAAUAACUAGAAACUUUGGGGAAUUUUUAAUAAUUGAAGGUAUUGAAACCAUUGCAGGAACACAAUUAGCUUCUAAUGAGGUAAGAGGAAUCCCCCUAUAGGGAAAAUAUAUGUUCCUGAAUUUUAACUUCGAGCCAUCCCAUGGUAGAGUUAUCAAAAGAAGAGGGCAUUGUUUUAAGAUGAGAGGUAGGAGUUUUAAAAGGGGAUCUGAGGGAUGUUUUUUCACACAGAGGAGGAAUGUGCUGCCAGAAGAGGAGGUGGAAUCAGACACAAUCACAAUGUUUAAGAGGCAUUCAGACAGUAGGUAGUACAGAAGUGUAUGGUUCGAAUGGGGGGUUAGUGUAAGGGGGCAAAAAGGUCAGCAUGGAUGUGGUGGGCUGAGGGGCCUGUUUCUGUACAGUACAAUUCUUAUCACUAUGACAUUCUUCUGAUCGAGAUAAAUGGUUCUAUUUCUUGACAUUCUUUCAAUUCGAAGGGAUCAUAACACCGGAGACCAACAUUUUUUCCACUUUGCAUGUGAUGCCAUUACAAAGGAUUCUGUAGGGCACUUUAUUGUAAUAGCAAACUGUGCACAGAGCUAUGUCAAUGACAAUCAUACUCCACAGAGUGUGGUUGUGGUGACGUUGGGUCUACACUCGUAGCAUUAACAGGCUCACCGCAUGUGAGGGGCCAAAUAUUAUUUUGCCUGUCUGAAAACAAAAAGGAAGAAAAACUAGCAAUUUGCAAGCAAACUGCAACAAGCCUGUUCAGUGUUACCGGUUCAACCAACGUCAUCUCUGCAAAACGUCCACAUUUUAUUAGAGUAACAUCCAUUUGAUUUCCAGGGGUAAAGGAAUCCAGUGGGGACUUUACCCUUUCCCACACUGGAAGCUACAAUACUUCAAGCUUUUCAUUAAUACACAUUUAUUUUGUGAUCGAGGAGCUCUAAAAAAAAAAAAACGAUUUUCUGUCCAUUUCUAUUGCUGGAUAUAACAGACGGCAGAAAGAUUUGCCAAAAAAGAAUCUCAGAAUAAAAUGUUUUUUUAAGUUUA